GAGUAGGGGAUCAGAGGAGAGGUGCUGCUUCUCCUUCGCCGCCCCUCCCCACAUCCUCUCCUCUGUCUUCUCCCCCCGCGGCCACAAUUUAUAAGUAGCGGCGGCGGCGACGGCGGCGGCGUCUACUCACCUCCGGGCGUCUGCACACCUUGGGUUGCUGAAAUCUUCUAUAUGACUAGCAUGGCGUGGUAUCCCCUGCCGCAGAGUGGAAGCACAUUGUCAGCUGGUGAUGAAUUCUUUGAGAAUCAAAGCGCCGGCUGGUCGCUAUGGAGUUUCAGAUCACCCGAUGAUCAGAACACGGCCGGCGUGUAUUCAGACGAGCAUGAAAAAGACGCCGCACAGUGUAGCACACGGCGUUCAGAAGAACAAUCUGAGGCUCCAGCGCCAUUGGAGCCGCAGUUCGCGCAUGGAACAGAAGACAUAUUCAUGAGUCAGCUUUCAGAUGAGGAAAUGAGGAGGAUUGAUGCUCCGUUUGAGGCGUUGGACAUGUUCCCGGACUCCAUGCACAGGCUCUUGUCCUAUGAGAACAUGCUGAGCGGAGUGCUAACCGGUUCAGAGAAUCAAGAUGCGGGGCUGGAGCAAAAUGGAGUCGACACCAUGGAUACUUGCGGCUUCCCUUUGUUCAGCCAUGGCUUGCAAAACGAAUCGAGGAGCGCAGAGCCGAACAGCUCGGAAAUACCAGCAGAUCCCCCAUCUAAGGACAAGGCUGGGGUGAGCAUGUUAAAAAGGAGCAGAUCAUUUACCGAUGCAGAGAGCGUGCAGGGCUUCGAAGCGUUGGUGCUUGAGGAGCUUGAAGAUGUAGUGUUCCAGCUGACCAAGAAGACACGGAUAUGCUACCGGGAUGCGUUCUACAGGCUAGCUGAGAGCUCAAAAGCAAAGUGCAGCACUGCAAAUGGGGCAGCAGGAGUAGGCUCCAGCAGGCUAAGUUUUCAGCAACCAGAGGGCAAUGCGUCCAGGAUCACAACACCAGGCUGCCCGGAGCGAGAGACGAACGCGAUCGAUAGGACAGUGGCAGACCUCACGCUGAAGCCGUCUUGCUCUGCUCCUCCUCAUCAGAGCCAUGGAAGCUGCUACGCCGGUGACUCAGAGGCAGAGGCCCAGUCCACAGCCAGCUGGGUCACCAGGGCGUAGGAGGAGACUGAUCCAUCUUUUGUGCCACCUGCUACAAUGGCCAUGUUUGCGAAGUCGCGAUGGCUUGCAUGAUGCAGAGAUGUACAUACUACUGCGACGUCUUCCUUUCUUUUUUAUCAGAGAUCUACUUACGAGUAGAGGAGGAAGAGAACCAGCCGUCGUUCAUGCGUUUGUAUAACUGUUGUGAGCUCUUGCCGGAUUCUGGCAGAUAACGAUCUUUCUUUUUUUCUCCGUGUGUGUUUGGUUACCAGAAUUUCCCUCAGCUUGGUCAUAUGAAUGCCUGUAAUUUUAUAGAAAAAUAUGUUUAGUUA